AUGACAUCUUCUCCAUCGCAGUUUGCCAAUACAAACAAAUUUCAAGUUUUACCAACUCCUGGAACAUUGUUACUUACUCAACCACUCAAUAACAAUGUUGCUAUCAAUAACAUGGGUAACAUAACACAGAAUAUUCGUCCAACUCCUUCGCAAAAUGGAACCAUUCUUUCACAACCAAUGACAAGUGGAAUAAUGACUGCACCGACCAAUUUCGUUCGUGUUAAUCAGUCACAACCUAUGCAAACUCAACAGCAGCAAGGUCAAUUUACCACACAAACAGUAUGGACAAAUAAUCUAUCACAAUCCUUGCAACCCCAAUUUACGAUACAAAAACAACCACAACAACCGUCUGUUCUCCAGUAUACUACCGUUAAAACUGAACCAGGUACGCCAGGUGGAAUUCAGUCACAGUCAACUGUAAUUCCCACGAAAGUUAUAACACAAUCGGUUGUUCGUCAAACAGUAGGAACACCACAGACGGGAGCAACAUCUCAUACCUAUACAGAAUCUCAGAUAAAUGAUUUCGUUUCGAAAUGUCGAACAUUCCUAACCACUCUACUUCGCUUAGCUGAAAAGCAAGCUCCAGAGAAACUACCGAUGGUUCGAUCUUGUAUUCAACAACUUUUGGUACUAGAAAGACCAAUUUUGAAUACACAAUCGAUAAACAAUUUCUAUGUGAUCUAG